AUGGCCCAAUAUUGCUGUAAAUUUUGUAUUUUACAAACAUGUUUAAUUGAAUUUGUGGAGGACGUCUCUCCCGCCGUAACGCAUCCCCGCACUGGACGACCAGGGGGGAUAACUGGAGGGUCGUUAUCACUGGAGGGUCGUUAUCACUGGAGGGUCGUUAUCACUGGAAACUCCUGGGUAUCACUGGAGGCUCCUGGGCACCACUGGAGGCUCCUGGGCACCACUGGAGGCUCCUGGGCACCACUGGAGGCUCCUGGGCACCACUGGAGGCUCCUGGGCACCACUGGAGGCUCCUGGGCACCACUGGAGGCUCCUGGGCACCACUGGAGGCUCCUGGGCACCACUGGAGGCUCCUGGGCACCACUGGAGGCUCCUGGGCACCACUGGAGGCUCCUGGGCACCACUGGAGGCUCCUGGGCACCACUGGAGGCCCCUUGGCACCUCCGGAGGCUCCUGGGCACCACUGGAGGCUCCUUGGCACCACUGGAGGCUCCUGGGCACCACUGGAGGCUUCUGGGCACCACUGGAGGCUUCUGGGCACCACUGGAGGCCCCUUGGCACCUCCGGAGGCUCCUGGGCACCACUGGAGGCUCCUGGGCACCACUGGAGGCUCCUGGGCACCUCCGGAGGCUCCUGGGCACCACUGGAGGCUCCUUGGCACCACUGGAGGCUCCUGGGCACCACUGGAGGCUUCUGGGCACCACUGGAGGCCCUUUGGCACCUCCGGAGGCUCCUGGGCACCACUGGAGGCUCCUGGGCACCACUGGAGGCUCCUGGGCACCUCCGGAGGCUCCUGGGCACCACUGGAGGCUCCUUGGCACCACUGGAGGCUCCUGGGCACCACUGGAGGCUUCUGGGCACCACUGGAGGCUCCUGGGCACCACUGCAGGCUCCUGGGCACCACUGGAAGGUCGUAGGCACCACUGGAGGCUCCUGGGCACCACCGGAGGCUCCUGGGCACCACUGGAGGCUCCUUGGCACCACUGGAGGCUCCUGGGCACCACUGGAGGCUUCUGGGCACCACUGGAGGCUCCUGGGCACCACUGGAGGCUCCUGGGCACCACUGGAGGCUCCUGGGCACCACUGGAAGGUCGUAGGCACCACUGGAGGCUCCUGGGCACCACUGGAGGUCGUAAGAGUAACGAGAGAGCGAUGCACUAA